AUGCUCCCUUCCUUGGUGGAAUCCGGCAACAUGUUGUAUUAUAAUUUCUACAAUUUGGCAGAAUCCCAAAUAGAGAGAAUAAGAUCAACAUUGGAAGGAGAGGAUAUUGAUGCCAAAUUUGUGGGUUCGUCUCACGGGUGGAUAGUUGUGCUGAACCGGCGCAACCACGGGCUGCUCCUCUGGAACCCCAUCACUGAGGUACGCAUAAACCUUCCAUCCCUCCUCACCUUGCCCGAUCCCCAAAUUAACUGCUGUGGGAUUGUAUCCAAGCUCAUACUCUCCUGCUCCCCCGACCACCACGUAGAUCAAUGUCGUGCCAUGAUGAUUUUUGGACCCUUUAACAGGCUGGCUUUCUGCCAGCCCGGCCGCAGCACCCACUGGACCCCAAUCGGCCAUUUGUAUUGGACUAAGUAUUUGUAUUGGGAGGCAAGCCACCACACCGACGAGGAGGACGACUAUGCGAGGCGGUACACCGAUUGCGUGUAUUCCCCCACACACAAACUCUUCUUCUGUUUUGUGAUGUGGAGAUUGGAGUGUUGGGAUCUUGGGGACCUCGAGUGCCCCAGGAUUUGUUGGUCGGAGAUUGUAUAUUAUACGCAAGGGGUUGCUAGUGAAGAAGAGAUGUUUGGCAUCUGUGCCGCUGGGAGAUUACCGGAUUUGAUGAGACAGCAAUUCCUUGUGGUGGCAGAGCAGACGAAUCAGCUUUUCCUCUUGGAUCAGCACGUAUGCUUACGGAUGGGCCCUGUCGGUAGAUAUCGUCCGCAUAUCUACUUUGGUAAGUAUAGGGGUUGGGAUGACAAAUUCCCCCACCAAACAUUUGCUUUCGAUGCUUUUAAAGUUGACUAUAUUUCGGGGGACGGCACUCAGCCCAAGCUUAUUAAGACUAGCAUGGAGGGUUCGCUGGAUGGGCUGGCAAUGUUUAUUGGCAAGAACCACUCCUUUGCCAUCUCCGCACCAACCAACCAUGGCCUAGAAAAAGAUUGUAUUUACUUUACUGACACAAAUAGACACCAGCCUCCAGCGGGCUCCAUCUUUGGGGGCCACGAUAUCGGCAUUUAUCAUUACGCGACCAGAACAUUUUCUGAUUGCUUUUAUCCACGGGACAUCAACAAAAUAAAGAAGAUUGUGCCUGCACCCAUGUGGUUUACUCCCAACGACCGCACGCACUAA